AUGGCUGACCUAGGGGCGACACCACCGACCACGAUCCGGUUUAACCAGAAUGUGCAGCGCCUAGAUGGCACAAUUGAGGAAUUCCGGGUUUUCCACAACGCGUUCAAACGGAACGAAAAACUUACGUCACAAGCUCUGCUCGUUCUGCGCGAGGAGAACAAGGGGCUGCACGAGCAGUUGAAGAUCGUGAUAGAGAGGCUGGCCUUUGUAGAGGCCUUCUGUGAGAUCGAAGAGGAUGGCGAUAUCGGAGCGGAAGAGGAUGGUGAGGGAGCAGAGGCUGUGGGAGAGAACUCAGGCGAGCCACCGUCCGAACCUCUCCCGGACAGCAUUGCUGCAGGCCUGGAAAGCAAAGAGCUGGCAAACAUGAUCCCAAUCAAGGCUGUGGUAAACGACACAUAUGAGCUCCUGCUGGGUGUUCGAAACCUGGCCAAGAAGAACAUACCGGGCUACCCUUCCAAUGAUGAGGAGUGGCCGACUGAUCCUGCGACUGGCGCGCGCUACCUGCGCUUCAAUUGGGCCUUGUCCGCGACAGACCCUGUCAAUGCUGCCGGGAUUGGCCAAGUCAAGAACACUGUCCGCGCAUCUGGUGCCGCACGCAAGUUUCAAUGCGCGCCCUACCUGGCAAAGGUUCAGGACACUCACCUCCUGGGGCGGAUCACUACAAAAUUCGAGUACAUUGCGCGUGAGUACCGGCUCUAUCAUAAGAAGCCUGUGCAAACGCACCGUACGAGACAUGGUGGUGAAGACGGGGUGGGGGACAACAAUGGUUUUGGGUGUAACAAUGAGGACGAGGAGGCUCCGGAGGGAGAGACAGAGACGGUGCAGCUGGAGCGCAGUGUUCAACGUGCACGGGCUGUUGCGGUUGCAAAGCAGCGGAAGAGGAAGGCGCAGAACACGGCAUGGGGCGAUCUAAAGUAUGACAUGGCAUAUCUUAUCAACGCACAAUCGGACCAUGAAGACGAGUACAAGGAGGGCAAUCGUCCUCCUGGUGUACCUGUCCGUUACCAGGACUCGACCUCGAGCAUGGUCAUCUUCACGAGUACAUUGUCGAUGGUGUCAGAGGACUCAACCUCGAGCCUCCAGCAACUCUAUGACGAAGUCAAUGUGCAAGCGGAUCCUGCCCCAGAUCAGGCCCAAUGUUGCGGCGACUAG